UUCUGGAGACAGGUUUUUUAGGAAUAUUCCUCUGCCCUCUCUGGACACUUUCCCAGUUGCCCAAACGAACCCCACCUUCCCGCAUAGUCAUCUGGGGCUAUCGAUGGCUUAUCUUCAGAAUCAUGCUUGGAGCAGGUUUGAUCAAAAUCCGAGGGGAUCGUUGCUGGAGAGAUCUGACAUGCAUGGACUACCAUUACGAGACCCAGCCUGUGCCCAACCCCAUCUCCUACUAUAUGCAUCGUUUGCCAUGGUGGUUCCACCAGUUCGAGACACUCUUCAACCACUUCAUUGAGCUGGCUGUGCCGUUCCUCAUCUUCCUCGGGCGACGCCUGUGCCUCGUUCACGGCAUCCUGCAGAUCCUCUUCCAGGUGCUCCUCAUCGUGAGCGGGAACUUGAGCUUCCUUAACUGGCUGACCAUCGUGCCAAGCAUUGCCUGCUUCGACGAUGCUGCCCUGGGGUUCCUUUUCAGCUCCAAAGAACAAGGCCUGAAGGCCAGAGUGCAAGAGAUGCAAACCGGAGAGGCAGAGGGGAAGACGGAGCCCUUGCGGUGCGGCUGCUACAUCCGCAAGGGAGUGAACCUAUCUUUUGGGAUCCUGAUUGCCUUCCUCAGCAUCCCGGUGGUUAUCAAUCUGCUAAGCUCCCAACAAGUCAUGAACACGUCCUUCAACCCUCUCAGGAUAGUCAACACCUACGGGGCCUUUGGAAGCAUCACCAAAGACAGAACCGAGGUCAUCAUUCAAGGGACGUCCAGCCUGGAUCCCAACGACCCUGCUGCUAUUUGGGAAGAGUAUGAAUUCAAGUGUAAACCUGGGGACCUACACAGGAGACCCUGCCUCAUAAGUCCUUACCACUAUCGCCUGGACUGGCUCAUGUGGUUUGCUGCAUUCCAGACCUACGAACAAAACGAAUGGAUAAUCCACUUAGCUGGAAAGCUUUUGGCCAACAAGAAGGAAGUUUUAUCUCUGAUAGCCUUCAAUCCGUUUGAGAGCAAAGCCCCACCAAGGUGGGUUCAGGGCGAACACUACAGGUACAAGUUUAGCCGCCCUGGGGGGAAUCAUGCCAGAGACGGGAAGUGGUGGAUCCGAAAGAGGAUCGGGCCCUAUUUCCCACCCGUCAACCUUGAGGGCUUGAAGAAGUUUUUUGAGGCUCGGAACUGGCCCCAACCCAAGCAAGACGGUUAAGCAAACAAAUGAAGAGACCGUGACCAAGAACCAUUGACUUUGAAAACCCUACUUACUUUUUAAAAUGUUAAGUCUGCCUUUUUCUCAUGUUCAGCAUUUUACAGUAAAGUGGACAAGGCGCCAUAGACAGAUGUAUCUCUGCCUCUUAUUCUCACAGCCUUGCUUGCUUGGAUUUCUUUAAUUUUCUAAUUAUAUAACCAACUAGAUUUUAGUGUUGUUACCCCAAUCGGUUAGCCGAAUGGUGGGCACUCAGUGUUGAGUUAUGACUCAUAACGUAAAACUUAAGACCGGAAGAUGAGCACUGCAGGAUCAGGCCAGUGGCCCAUCUAGUCC